CGCGGAGCAUGUCGAACAAACCUAAACAGAGCAUGGAAGCAUAGUAAAUAACUACAAGAAAUCAUUGGUAGUCGUUAAACACUCGGAUUAUGAUAUGGCUGGUCGUUGUGUUUACAGAACUGGGUAUGCUAUUUUGACGGUAUUAGUGUACAUGACCAUUUCGGCAGCAGGCCGCAAUGACGACGCUGACGAUAGCGAUGCCUUUUCUCAAGGGAGUAAGUUUCAUGACAACGAACCCGCGUAUUUAACUGCGAGCCAAAGAAUUAUGUCGUCGGCGAUGAUGAAAUUCGUGAUACAGCGUGGGUGCGACUACACGGCAGUAUUCGUGAAGAGCCACCUUCUCAGAUCACAUUCCGGGGGAAGCAACGCUACCCACGACAAAUGCAACAUCAGAAAGUUUGCGGAACGGCGCUGCGAGCAGAACCAGAUCCCGCCGGAACUCUGUUGUGCCGUUAUCAGUUGUGGCGCUUCUCACAUCGCCCUCGCAUUUAACGUUGACGACCAUUUACUACACGAGUGUAACCUCACUCGCGACAUUAACGAUCUCCACAUGAGGCCGAUUGUGUCAGUAGUUGUCGGAAAACGUCAUGACGUCAUACCGUCAAGCGAUCGGCUGUUACGCAAUCACACCCCAGACAUGUGCGACGACUUUCCAGUUUAUACCGGUAAACGCGACAGCGGCGAAAAUCCUGGCUCAGGUGUGUCGCUUUUAAACACACUUACGAUGAAUAAUAAUCAAAGCAGUGUACACAUGUUGGCGCACGGAGCGGCAGAAAACACAAACACACACAGUACCCCAAGGGAGAUGACGGUACAGCGCUGGUGCAAACGAUUCAGCAGAUCCGUGAAUCGGAACUUCGGUUUCAGCACCGAGCAAUAUGUCCGCCAAUCUGUCUACUGGAUCCAGGACUUGUACACCACAUGCCAACGCAAAAAUGUCCCAAAGCCGUACGCGCACAGUCUCGUGGGUUGUGGCAUCGACCACGCAUUGAGCGCUCUGGAAGUUCCAAAAUGGCUUGCAACGCUCUAUAAGACGGUCAUAUAGCUGUUAAAUGUCCUUCUACAAUAAAACAUUAAAUUGAACAAUG